AUGGAGAAUAUAGAGCGCGGCCAACCAUCGAUCGACGGAAAUACGUUUCCAUCGAGCGACGAUGAGUCGGAGGAAUCGACCGAUACGGAGUCACCAACAUCGAUCGAUACCGCCCAGCCGGAAGCAGGUAAUGAGAAAGUAGUCCAAACUGAACUAAAUGGUCAAAUGAGCAAUGAAACUAGCCAAACUAAACAGGGGACUGAAAUCCCUGUUAAGGAAAAUUCCACCUUAACUAAAAGUGAAGAUAUAAAAUUGUCCAUACAAGACUACCUUGAUCCUUGUAGGACCUAUUCCAAUAGGUCCGCUAUUAAAAUACCAGGAGACGAUACCAAGAAAUCUAAGUUUAACGCAGAUUACUACCGUAUGGUUCGUCAAAACCCAAUCUGUGGAUCCCUCCCAGAACACCCACAAGAUCAUAUUGAGACUUUGGAAGAAUUAAUACCAGAUGAAUAUGAUCAUUGCAAACUAUUCUCAUUCUCCCUAGAAGGAGAAGCCCUCAGGUGGUUGAACUGUUUAGCAACAGGAUCACUCACUUGUUGGGAAGAGAUUAGAAGAGCUUUCCUUAGAGAAUUUUUCACUGAUGAACGCUACUGGGAAGUAAGAAAACAAAUUUCUACAUUUCGCCAAGGUCCACGCGAAUCAUUUAAAAAUGCUUGGGGAAGAUUCAGAGGCUAUGAACUUGAAUGUCCCCAUCAUGGUUAUUCAGAACCACAACUUCUUAACAUCUUUUAUGGAGGUGUUAAUUUGAGCUACAAAACCACACUCGAUACAGCGAGUGAUGGAAAUUUCAUCACUAGGAAUCCCGAAGGAGCUAGACGCCUUAUCAAGAAUAUGACAACGGGAAGGUCCUAUGAAAAAAUGGAUGAAGAAAUAGAAAAAACUACAAAUCCAAAAGACAAUUCUGAUUUAUUAGAAAUUAAGAAUUCCCUUAAAUCCCUUCAUUCCUUUCUUCAAAACAAACACCGAUCUGAUAUAGCCCAGAUCGACAAAAACGCUUUGUCUGACACCGAUGUUUAUUCGGAUGAAGAAACCAACUGCUCUGAUCCUUCCUCUGUUUUUCAUGUCGAGAGCUUUACCCAAGCUUAUGACACUGCUUUAAAAUCACGUACCGGAAGAGAGAGGUUCAAUAUCAGACAAGCUCUUAUUGGCAACCGUAAGACGAAAUCGGAGUUUUACGGCAAGAUAAAUAUGGUUUACGGAGAAUUGAUGGAAAAAGCAGAUUCUUUAGGAGAACUAAUCCGAAAAUUAGAAGGUCAAGUGGCUGAGAUAGCAACUGCAAUAAAGAGAGAUGCUGGAUGUCUUCCCGGAAGGACUGAUCUAAACCCAAGACGUCAAGUCAGUGCCGUAAUGCUGCGCAGCGGGAAAAACCUCGCAGCAGGCACGAGGAAUAAUUCAGAUGUUGGAAAACCUGACGAUGCCGAUGAGACCAGGAAAAUCAACUCUCAUCCCAUUUUUCUUGACGAACUAGACCCAAAUCCAUCUCAAGACAACCGGAAAACCACAGCUGAAAAGGCUAAGGAAAAGGCAAUAGACUUAGAACUAGAAGAAGAUACGGAGAUUGAGGAUGAGAUCGAUCGACAGCAUGGAACUGACGUUGAUCGACCCAAAACACCCACCAUCGAUCAACAACCGGAGGAACCCAUCGAUCGACGGUCUACUCAACCCGAACCCAUAAUUGAAAGAGUCUGUAGAACUUUACCCCCUUUUCCUCCUAAAACGCAAACUAAGAAAUCAUUAGAGAACGCAAUCUGCAAGAAAGCCUUAGAUAGAAUUUCUGUCGAGAUGUCUCUUAGCGAUGCUAUAAAAAUAGCACCUUCAAUUAAGAAGUAUAUAAAAGAUAUGACAUCUCCAAACUAUCCAAUCGCAGAACACAGUGUGAUGAUGAUUUCAGAAGAAGUAAGUGCUAUGAUUAAAGGAGAAACUCCAACGAAGAGAUCCGAUCCUGGUAGUUUCGUCCUAGACUGUAAGAUAGAAAACACGCGUUUCCCUAGAUCACUAUGUGACCUCGGUUCUAGCGUGAACCUUAUGCCUUACUCUGUUGCUGUGAUGUUAGGAUAUAUAGAGUUUAUGCCAACUCCGAUCACCCUGGUUUUAGCUGAUAGAUCUAUUAGGGUACCCGAAGGAAUUCUCGAAGAUAUUCCCAUAAAGAUUAACGAUUGCAUCGUGCCUACGGAUUUUGUUGUGUUGAAAUACAGACAAGAACCCAAAGACCCCCUCAUUCUGGGUCGGCCUUUCCUAGCUACAGCUGGAGAUCUCAUUGACGUCAAGGAAGGAUGA